AUGUCUGUUACCAAAACAAUGGCACAAGGUGUGCCCACCGGUGGCAUGAUGAUGUACGAGCUCUCCACUCGACCAUGGCUCUACAACCUCUCCCAACAAUACAACAGGAACAUUAGCAAACUCAGUGAUAUACCAAUUGAGGAGUUCCAAAAGAUUAAGGAUAUGGGCUUUGACAUGGUCUGGAUGAUGGGAGUUUGGUCUUUGGGCGCAUAUGGACUCAACUAUGAUCGCACCAAUCAACAGUUGUUGCAACAUUAUGGACAAGUGUUGCCAGGUUAUACGACGGACGACAUUAUUGGCUCACCAUACGCUCCCACCAACUACACGAUCAAUCCACAAUUGGGCGAUGCACAGGAUUUGAUCAAUCUACGCAAGACACUCAACUCAAUUGGCUUGCUACUAAUGUUGGACUUUGUGCCCAAUCAUACGGCCGUCGACUGUGAGUGGACUACCUCCAACGUGGACUACUACAUCCGCGCGCCACAGGGCACCAACCCACCAUACGACCCCAACACCUACCUGCCCAAUGGCAUCGCCUAUGGCUCGAGCGGCUGGGGCGCAUGGCAGGACACUGCCCAGCUCAACUACUGGAAUCCCGCCACCAUCAAAGCACGUAUCCAAGAGUUGUUGACUGUGGCUUCGUUCGCCGAUGCUAUUCGCUGCGACAUGGCCUACCUCCUGCUCAACUCAUUGUUUGGCCAGACAUGGCAGUCGCAGUUGGCGUCGUGGAGCUACACGCAGCCAGCCCAGGAGUUCUGGGGCACAGCCAUCCAGAUCGUCAAGGACUCGUACCCUGACACGAUCUUCCUGGCCGAGGUGUACCACCCAUAUGAGGAGCAAUUGCAACAACUAGGCUUCGACUACACCUACGACAAGAUGCUGCACGACUACUUGGGCGGCGGCAACCUUGACCAGGUGCGCGACUGGAUCAGCGGACACUCGACCAACUUCACGCAUCAUUCGGCGCACUUCAUCUCCAACCACGACGAGCCGCGCGGCGCCAACUUCUUUGGCAGCUGGUGGCGCUCCAACGCUGCGGCACUUGUCACCUACACGCUGCCAGGUCUCAGGUUCUUCUGGUGGGGCGACUUUGAGGGCUACCAAUAUCAGCUGGACGUGCAUCUGCGUCGCGAGCAGGAGGAGCCCGUCGUGGACACCUCGAUCCAGUUCUACAACAACCUCACCAAGAUCGUCUCGGACCCCGUGUUCAAGUAUGGCCAGUUUGAGUAUUUGAACGUGACGGGCUCCAACGAGGCCUGGACAUUGAUCGCCUACAAAUGGACGUACCAGAAUGAGAAGAGACUGUGUGUGCUCAACUUUAGUGGCACUCAGGGCUCUGGCAACAUCACGCUGGACGAUGCCGAGCCAGUCAAUGGCAAUGACACAAUCCCCGUCACUGACCUACUCUCUGGCGAGACCUUCUACCGUUCCGCCGAGCAGAUGAGGACCACCGGUUUAUUCGUUGUGGUCAACACCUGGUAUGGUCAGAUCUUCAAGUAUUAG